AUGGCGAUCCCACCAAUUCUCAAAAAGAUCGGCCAAAAGCUCUCACCUCCACCAUCAACAUCCGAAGAUGGCCGUGAUCAAUGGAAUUCGAGAGCUUCCUUCUUGCUUGCGGCCAUGGGAGGCUGCGCCGGUAUGGGAAACCUAAUUCGGUACCCUUCACAGGUGUACAACAACAACGGCCUGCAAUGGUUUAUUCCAUAUCUCAUGUGUGUUUUCCUGAUUGCCAUCCCGGCCUUGAUUCUCGAAGUCAGUAUUGGUCAAGCGUACCGUGGAGGGUCUGUCGUCGCUUUCAACAACAUCAACCACCGUCUCAAAGGUCUCGGCUUCAGUCUUCUAUACAUCGGAUUUAUGGUUAGUCCGUACUUCGUCGUCAAUCUUUCCUGGAUCAUGAUCUACUUCCGGAACUCGUUCCAGAGUCCUCUGCCGUGGGAGGGACGUGCUGAGGAAUACUACUACCAAGACGUGGUGCAGAAUGUCGAUGCGAUUCCCGGUAACAAGACGUCGAGUGGUGUUAUAGACUACGUCAAAUAUCCUGGCACUGCCCUUAUCGGAGAGACUGUUGGAUGGACUGCAUUCGUGUGGUUCCUCGUAUGGAUCUCCAUCUUCCGCGGUAUUGGCCAGACAGGUCGUGUUGUCUACUUCACCAUGGGUCUACCUGUUGUCUUGACUAUCAUCCUUGUCGGCCGGUCUGUUUCACUUCCAAACGCUGGUCGCGGCGUAAAGCUGUAUUUUGGAGAGUGGAACGGCGAGAAAUUGGGAUCCGGUGACAUUUGGCAGACUGCAGCUGGCCAGGUCUUCUUCUCAACUGGUGUCGGUUUUGGCUAUUUCAGUUCUUAUGCCUCUUACAAUCAGAAGCAUGCCAAUGCUGUUAUGGACUCAUGUCUAAUUGUUGGCAGCAAUGUCCUCUUUGAGGGGUUCGCCGCCUUCGCUGCGUUCGGAGUCGUUGGAUACCUGGAUAUGAUGCCUGUUCCCGGCGAACGGAUUGGUGCAUUCACCAUUGGAUUUUUGACGUUGCCAACGGCUAUCACUCAGCUUCCUGGAUCAUCGUUCUGGGCCUUUGCACUCUUCUUUACCCUGGUGGUCCUGGGUUAUAGCUCUGCAUUUGCCAUGGUGGAUGCCGUGGUAACGCUUGUCAUGGAUACCAAACCCAAAAUUCGUCGCGAGUGGGUAGUCACAGGUCUUGUGAUUAUCUCAUUCCUUAUUUCACUCCCUUUCUGCACCCAAUUCGGAUAUGCUCUUCUCACAGGAGUUGACCGUUGGAUCAACGAUGUUGCUCUAGUGUUCGUUGUGUUUGGCGAAUGUGCAUUCUCCACAACUUUCUACCGUUGGAGAGACGUAGCAGGACAGGUAGGAAAGCCAGCCUUUUUCAUUUGGAACUUUGGAUACUUUGGCGGUAUGGUUCUCGGAGUUGCUGUUGCCCAUGCGGUUCAAGCUGAAGCGGGUGCUGGAGUUGGCUUUGGUAUCUUCAUCAUCUGCUCGAUCGUCUCCUGUGUAAUUGGCAAGACUCCUGACGAACUUCCGCCUGCCUUGACCUUUACCGAGGAUAAGGGGUUUGCUCGCCGAUUCAUCGGCAGAAGUCCUGCCUUAUCAAAGCUCUUGGACAACGUCUUCAUAACACGCUUCUGGUACAUGGCUUUUUACUCUGGCCAGCAACUUCGACGGGAUCUCAACGUGAUUGUCGCAACCGGAAAGAACUGGAGUAUUCCCGCCUUUUGGCCAAUCCUCCUCCGCUUCAUCUCGGCGCCUGUGCUCGCCAUUAUCUACGGCUUUGCGUAUCCCGCUUUCUACGAGCUCCGUGAUGACCCUCUACAUAUUCUUGGCUUCGGUCUUGCCCAUAUCUGCUUGGUACUGAUCGGACUGGGAGUCCUCGUGCCCCGCUGGUACAACACGAUUAUCCCUCCUGACCGACGCGAGGAGGGCAAGCUGCCGUAUGCUCCCAAUGUUCUUUUGGAUGGCGAGGAGCCUCGAAGAACUGAGUCGAUGGAGACCGGCGAAGGACUUGCAGGCUCCGAAGGCGGUGAAAGCGAAGAAAAGAAGGGACAACGUGUGAUGUAG